AAUAUGAAAUCAGUAAUACCUAUUUUAGACCUGCUUGGAAAGAUAGCUCAGCACAGUGUCUUCGUCUUCCUGGUUAGAGGUUUUGCAGACUGCCCUAUCCACCUCAACUCUGAAGAAUGGACGUAACAGCCACCAUGUCGAGCAAAAAAGCAAAGACCAAGACCACCAAGAAGCGCCCCCAGCGCGCGACGUCCAACGUCUUCGCCAUGUUUGACCAGUCUCAGAUUCAGGAGUUCAAAGAGGCCUUCAACAUGAUCGACCAGAACAGAGACGGCUUCAUUGACAAGGAGGACUUGCACGACAUGCUCGCUUCCCUAGGGAAGAACCCCACUGACGCAUACCUUGACACCAUGAUGAAUGAGGCCCCGGGCCCCAUCAACUUCACCAUGUUCCUCACGAUGUUCGGGGAGAAGCUGAACGGCACCGACCCAGAGGAUGUCAUCAGAAACGCCUUCGCUUGCUUUGAUGAGGAAGCAACUGGCACCAUCCAGGAAGACUACCUGAGGGAGCUGCUGACAACAAUGGGCGACCGCUUCACAGACGAGGAGGUGGACGAGCUGUACCGCGAAGCGCCGAUCGACAAAAAGGGCAACUUCAACUACAUCGAGUUCACGCGCAUCCUGAAACAUGGCGCCAAAGACAAGGACGACUGAGAGGAGCUCCAGUCCCAGCCCGACGUCCCUUGCUGCCACUGGCUGUUUCUGAGGCUUUCUCUUAGAGCCUGCUGCAUGCCUGGAGCUCUGCGGCUCUGCCUGUCUUUCGAGUAUUCAUUCUUGGCCAUUUGGGCCACAUGCAUCUCUGUAAUCAAACUGGAAAUGGGACUUUUUGUUUUUUGUCAUUUUCAGAAUAGAAAAUAGGGUAAGUUAAUUUACCAGUUCCUUACCCCAAAAUAAAUGCAACUGUACACAGAGUCUAUAUAUUUUUUCAGAGACAGUUAUUUACUCGAUUUUUUCUGAACCAUAAUUAAAUUUUAUGAUAAAAACUU